UCCCAAAUGGGGCCGGCCUGGCCUCUCCCCUCCUUCUCCCCUUCCCUCUUUUCCUCCUCUGGAAACCAGAUCCCAUUCCAGCUCGGCUCCUGACCCCGGUCCCAGCAUCCCUGGUGAGUCCUCUUCCAACUCUUUCCUUUCCUUGGGAAGCAGAAAGGACUGCAAGUCCCAGCAUCUGGGCUGUCAAACGGCCGGAAUCAUUGGGUUGCGGUGACUUUCCUAAAGUCUUGCCGUAUCCCAGAAGAAGCAUUCUCUCCUGGUGUUUCCAUGUCAGAGGGCUGUGAGAGUUUGACCGACAACAUGGCCGCUUCGAUCGACGUCUGCCUGUGGCUCCUGCUGGUGUUGCCGUUGUGCACCACGGUGUCGAUCCACAAAGAGGAGAUGGAGGAGAACGUGGGCAGCGGCGAGGGUGAGGGCUCUUCAAUCUUCCCUCCGGCGAGUGUAACUCCGGGUCUGGACCCCACGCCCGGCGAUCUGGCCAACGGGACGUCGCCCUCCUUCAACCUCCUGGACGGUAUCGUGGACUUCUUCCAGACGUACAUGCUGCUCAUCAUCGUGGUGGGCUCUCUGGUCUUCCUCUUCCUCUGCGUGGUCUGCGCCGCCGUGGUGGUCCGCCAGAAGCACAAGGCCUCGGCCUACUACCCGGCCUCCUUCCCCAAGAAGAAGUACGUGGACCAGAGCGACAAGGCCGGGGGCCCCAAGGCCUUCAGCGAGGUCCCCGAGAAGCCCGCCGACACCCGGCAGGAGGAGCCCGUGGACUCCACCAAGCAGCUGCAGGCCGACAUCCUGGCCGCCGCCCAGAAUCUGAAGUCGCCCAACAAGGAGAGCGCCAAAGGAGAGGAGAAGCCGGAGAAAGAGGAGCAAGAAGGGCCUCCAGAAGAGGUCUCCAAGAAGCCUACGGAGAUGCCUUCACAUGCUGACGCCCAAGGAGAAGAAGUUCCGUCUCCUGUUGAAGAACCUCAAGUGGAGGAGAGAAGUCCUCCUUCACCAGAAGAACCUGAGACCAAGACCACGGAGAAUGGGUCAGGCGAGGGAUGUCCUCCACCAUCUCCUGAGACGUGCGUUUCCGGCGAAUGAACAUCAACCCUACUUCAUGAACUGGCCCUCACAUGCAUGGACUGGCCCUGACAUGAACAUCAAUCCUACUUCCCGGAGUGGCCCUCACAUGAACAUCAACCCUACUUCAUGGACUGGCCCUCACACGCAUGGACUGGCCCUGACAUGAACAUCAACCCGACUUCAUGGACUGGCCCUCACAUGCAUGGACUGGCCCUCACAUGAACAUCAACCCGACUUCAUGGACUGGCCCUCACAUGCAUGGACUGGCCCUGACAUGAACAUCAAUCCUACUUCCCGGAGUGGCCCUCACAUGAACAUCAACCCUACUUCAUGGACUGGCCCUCACACGGAUGGACUGUCCCUGACAUGAACAUCAACCCUACUUCAUGGACUGGCCCUCACAUGCAUGGACUGGCCCUCACAUGAACAUCAACCCUACUUCAUGGACUGGCCCUCACAUGCAUGGACUGGCCCUCACAUGAACAUCAACCCUACUUCAUGGACUGGCCCUCACAUGCAUGGACUGGCCUCACAUGAACAGCGACCCUACUUCAUGGACUGGCCCUCACAUGCAUGGACUGGCCCUCACAUGAACAUCACCCCUACUUCAUGGACUGGCCCUCACAUGAACAUCAACCCUACUUCAUGGACUGGCCCUGACAUGAACAUCAACCCUACUUCCCGGAGUGGCCCUCACAUGAACAUCAACCCUUCUUCAUGGACUGGCCCUCACAUGCAUGGACUGGCCCUCACAUGAACAUCAACCCUACUUCAUGGACUGGCCCUCACAUGCAUGGAAUGGGCCUCACAUGAACAUCAACCCUUCUUCAUGGACUGGCCCUCACAUGAACAUCAACCCUACUUCAUGGACUGGCCCUCACAUGAACAUCAACCCUACUUCAUGGACUGGCCCUCACAUGCAUGGACUGGUCCUCACAUGAACAUCAACCCUACUUCAUGGACUGGCCUCACAUGCAUGGACUGGCCCUCACAUGAACAUCAACCCUUCUUCAUGGACUGGCCCUCACAUGAACAUCAACCCUACUUCAUGGACUGGCCUCACAUGCAUGGACUGGCCCUCACAUGAACAUCAACCCUACUUCCCGGAGUGGCCCUCACAUGAACAUCAACCCUACUUCCCGGAGUGGCCCUCACAUGAACAUCACCCCUACUUCAUGGACUGGCCCUCACAUGAACAUCAACCCUACUUCAUGGACUUGCCCUCACAUGAACAUCAACCCUACUUUCCGGACUGGCCCUCACAUGAGCCUGAGCCUGGUGCCAGCCCUACCACCACCCACAAAAUGUGGCUCUCCUUGACCCCAACGGGCCCCAUUCUUGUGUCACCACUAGCUGACUUGAAGGCGUGUACGCACUUACAUGACUCAAGGCAUGUGCCCCACUAAUAUUACUCCUUCCCAACUCCUUGAACAACAGGCUUCCCAACAGUCGGGAAGAGCAUUUGGGACCAUUCGUCUUAUGUGUGAGUUGGACUUAUAUAUGAGCUACUUAUACAUGAGUUAGACCUAUAUGUGAGUUAGACUUUUACGUGAGUUAGACGUUAUUUACGUAAUUGUAGGAGUGAUCUCUCUAAACUCGGCCUGGAAUGCUGAAGCCAAGGCAACAUCUUCCUCGAUCCAGACCAUUUUGGGUAGCCAACAAGAGACACUGGCUGCUCUUUGGAAGACUUGAAUCAUCUCCCAAAUAUGCCGACAAUGCUCCUGGGUCAGCCGGAAUUUAAGUUUCAAAGGAUAUUUACGACCCACUGCCGCUUUCAUUCCCGUGGCUCGACACCAUGGGGAGAGGCGGGUAAGAAAUAACAUUAUUAUGAUGAUGACGGGUAAGCAUCCCGUCAACAUCCCGGCUUGGCCGUCGCCGCUGGACUCAGAGCGCUCAACUGGGAAGGGGGCGGAGCCAAAGUGCUGCUUGCUUACACCUGAAAAUUACCUACAGCCUACAGUGUAACCAUAUAUAUUUGCAGGGAAUGCUCCCAUUGUUCAUGGAACAGCCUCAUUGCCUUAAAAGAACAGGAAUCCCAUUGAAACCAAGGGAGAGAAUCAACUGGGAAGGGGUGGAGCCAAAGUGCUGUUGGCUUACACCUGAAAAUUACCUACGGCCUACAGUGUAACCAUAUAUAUUUGCAGGGAAUGCUCCCAUUGUUCAUGGAACAGCCUCAUUGCCUUAAAAGAACAGGAAUCCCAUUGAAACCAAGGGAGAGAAUCAACUGGGAAGGGGCGGAGCCAAAGUGCCGUUGGCUUACACCUGAAAAUUACCUAUGGCCUACAGUGUAACCAUAUAUAUUUGCAGGGAAUGCUCCCAUUGUUCAUUGCCUUAAAAGAACAGGAAUCCCAUUGAAACCAAGGGAGAGAAUCAACUGGGAAGGGGGCGGAGCCCAAGUGCUGUUGGCUUACACCUGAAAAUUACCUACGGCCUACAGUGUAACCAUAUAUAUUUGCAGGGAAUACUCUCUGUUGUCCAUGGAACGAUCCCAUUGCUUUAACAGAACAGGAAUCCCAUUGAAACCAAGGGAGAGAAUCAACUGGGAAGGGGGCGGAGCCAAAGUGCUGUUGGCUUACACCUGAAAAUUACCUACAUCUACAGUGUAACCAUAUAUAUUUGCAGGGAAUGCUCCCAUUGUUCAUGGAAAGGCCCAGGAAUCCCAUUGAAACCAAGGGAAAGAAUCAACUGGGAAGUGGGCGGAGCCAAAGUGCUGUUGGCUUACACCUGAAAAUUACCUACAUCUACAGUGUAACCAUAUAUAUUUGCAGGGAAUGCUCCCGUUGUCCAUGGAACGAUCCCAUUGCUUUAACAGAACAGGAAUCCCAUUGAAACCAAGGGAAAGAAUCAACUGGGAAGUGGGCGGAGCCAAAGUGCUGUUGGCUUACACUUGAAAAUUACCUACGGCCGGCCCUGCCUACAGUGUAACCAUAUAUAUUUGCAGGGAAUGCUCCCUGUUGUCCAACCCGUGCCUGAAUUUGACAAAGGGAAUCCCCCGCCUUGGGCUUUGGACCACUGUCAUUAUUAUUAACCGUUGUUUACAAAUAAAGAUCUCGAUAUUUUA